GCCUAUAAUUGGUUCAAUAGAGGAAAGAGUACAGCGUUCAACCUCAAAUCAAAUCACAGAGAGCUGAACCUGAGUUGUCUCUCUCCCAAGUCCCGAGUCCAAUAGAAAAUGUCAGUGGUUUAUUGUCACUUGUCAGAUCUAUCCACCGGAAAUCGGAAAUGAAUUUACUAAGUUUCCGAAUGAGUAAGGAAUGAUGCAGGCAGCUCGGGAAUUACUCACUCCUCAACAAUUAACUGAAAAGGUUUCAUUUUGCAUGAUUGGCGUAAUGGGUUUUCUUAGAGCUAGCUUGUUUGUUAAACAUCGAUGCCUGUGGUGGCUAUGAGGGAGUACGUGUACGAUUUUGUUCUUGCUUUCGGUCAAGCUCACGAUCAUUUUUCAUCAAUAAUUUAAAGAUUUGGGGGAAGUUUUGAAAACGCGCUUUUGGAUUUUAGAUUUACUUAUAAAAAGCAAGUUUUUGACACUACAUCUAAUUUUUACAGUAGAACUAGUGAAAUUUCACUUCAUUUAGUUGCAAAUCAUUUGCUUUCAAAAUAAUCGGAUAAUUAUGAAGAUGAACAGAGGUCGGUUUUUGAAGACUUCGAUCUCCUUCGUAUGGUUGGUGGUGCUUUUUGGCUGCCUUUUUGUGGUUCUAAUUUCUGUUCUUAGGCUUCCAGAGGUGUCAAAUAGUAGAAAGGCAAUUGGGUUGUAUCAUAAUACAAAAACCAGAGAAAGUUUAGACUCUAGCUCUAUUGGGAAAUUUGGAGAGAAGAUGAUUGAAAUGUUGCCUGAAGAUCUUGCUUUCACUGUUUUUGUUCCUUCAGAGAAAGCUUUUGAACGAGAUUUAAGGCUAAGGAAAAACGAAAGUCUAGUUGAGAAGAUGAAUGAUGAUACUUAUGCUGUAAUUUCUAGAGUUCUGGGAUUCUCGGCAGUUCCAAGGACAAUUAUCACAGAUGAUGUAUCUUCUGGUGAGGAGAUUUUGUAUGAUUCUAUAUCUGGGUUUGUAUUGUAUAUUUCCAAAGAUGUGGAUGGAAUGUUAGUGGUUAACAGAGUUCGUUCUGAAAAAGUAGAUAUCAAAAGGAACAAAAUUGUUGUACAUGUAAUGGAUGGGGUUAUCAUGGAUGCUGAAUUUGAAGAAUCAGUUCAGCCUGAUGAUGAGGAUGAAGAGAAGUAAAUGAAAAGGGCUAAUACAAAAUAUGCAGUUCUUGUCUGAAUCAUUAUAGAUUCGGAAGCUGAACUUUUGUUUUUCUUUUAGUUAAGAAUUUGGAUAUAGAUGACAGAAAUUAUAAAAUAGAUUGUUUCUAA